AUGGCGCAGGAGGCGUCGAUGGUGGCAUCACCACCUACUGAGGAAGCAGCUGCAGCUAGCAACAUCCAGGCCAACCAGCUGGCAUGGCAGCAGCAGCUUGGGCAGCCGCGCUACUUCUGCGAGGGCUGCCGCCGCAACUGGACGCAGGGCGGCACCCUCCGCAACGUCCCCGUCGGCGGCCGCUCCCGCAAGAACAAGCUGAACCGUGCCGGCGGCUCCACCUCCUCCUCCUCCGCGGCACCGCCAGCAGCAGCACCGUCCUCCAGCUCCAACGAGUCCAAGAAGGUGAUGAACCUCACGCAGCAACUAUUGAUGUUGCCUGCUGCGACGGCACCUAUGCCCGCCGACUUCCCCAGAGUGCUCCCUGCGUUCAUGUCGAUGGGUGGCGGCUUCGAGGUCCCCAGCAGCGACUACCACUCCCUGCCCUUCCCGCCCUUGUCUCCAGUGGCGGAGCUAGGAAUCACGGAGGGGCUUAGGGUGGGCUUCAUGGAGAUCACAACGGUAGGGGGGCUUGAGCCCCUCCCGCCCCACCGCUGCCUCCGCCGCUGCUUGUCUCCGUUGUUCGACCCUGGCACAACGCCUUCAUUCCUGGAAUCACUGACAGAGGGGCUUCUUGACAGCGGGAACAAUGGGAUGACAGCACCGCCGUCGUUUGGUACAUCUGACCAACAGAUGGUCGGGCUCCUGCAGGGUGUGGAUCAGACACUAGAGCUCCCUAUGGCUGCUGGUGGUGGUAGUGGGCUCCAGCAGUGGCCUUCGUUGGCAGCCCAGGAGGAGCAGGUUGUUGGUGGUGAUGGUAGUGUGGACAACAACUGCAACAACAACACCACCAACAACAAUGGAGGAGGGGCAUCAGGCGGCAGCAGCGGCAUCGAAUACUACUGGCAAGGAUCGAUCUGA